AUGGUGAUCAAGUUCUACCAGCAUGUUCUGGCCUUGGUGUUUGCUGUAAAAGAGAUCAAUGAAAAUGUCCGCAUUUUGUCCAAUUCUACACUUGGUUUCCAUAUCUAUGACACCUACCACAAUGCAAAGAUGACAUACCAAAGCACAAUGGACUUGAUCUUCAAAUCACAUAAAUCUCUCCCUAAUUAUAAAUGUGAUACCCAAAAAACCCUGAUUGCUGUCAUUGGGGGACUUGAUGGAGAUAUCUCUUACCAUAUGACAGACAUCUUAAGUACCUACAAAAUUCCACAGCUACAUGCAUUUCUUCAAGACCUUUCAUUUAACAACUCCGCCGGCGAAACAAUGUCUUUCAAUAAGAACAAGGAAAUGGGAACUGGAUUUGAUAUAACCAACCUGAUCACAUUCCCAAACAAGUCCUUUCAAAGAGUGAAAGUUGGAAGGGUGGAUGCCGAUACUUCUGCAGGCAAACAAUUUGUCAUUCAUGAGGAUAUGAUUGUUUGGCACAGAAAUUUUAAUCAGGUGUUGCCCCUUUCACAAUGCAACGACCAAUGCAACCCUGGUUAUUACAAGAAGGAGAUGGAAGGGAAAACAAUUUGUUGUUACACAUGUGUUUCCUGUCCAGAAGGAGAGAUUUCCAAUCAGAAGGACAUGGUUCAGUGUAUCAGAUGCUCUGAAGAUCAGUAUCCAAGCAAGGACCGUGAUCAGUGCAUCAACAAAAUUGUAACUUUCCUUUCUUUUGAAGAACCUUUAGGGGUCACGUCAGCUUUAUUAUCUGUGUCUUUGUCCCUGAUUACAACUUCAGUGCUAGGGAUAUUUAUUAAGCACAGUGAUACCCCUAUAGUCAAAGCCAACAACCGGGAUAUCACCUACACACUUCUAGUUUCUCUGCUUCUCUGCUUCCUUUGUUCCUUCUUGUUCCUUGAACAACCUAAGGAGGUGACUUGUUUCCUCCGUCAAGCUGCUUUUGGCAUCAUCUUCACAGUGGCUGUUUCUUGUGUCUUGGCCAAAACUAUUACUGUUGUUGUAGCUUUCAUGGCUACCAAACCGGGGUCCAGCAUGAGGAAAUGGGUGGGGAAAAGAACAACCAGUUCUGUUCUGCUAAUGUGUUCCCUCAUUCAAACAGGCAUUUGUAUGGUGUGGCUUGGAACCUUUCCUCCCUUCCCAGAUUUUGACAUGCAGUCAAUGACUGCAGAGAUUGUGGCAGAAUGUAAUCAAGGGUCAAUCAUCAUGUUUUAUAUUGUCUUGGGGUACAUGGGACUUCUGUCCCUCAUCAGCUUGAUUGCAGCUUUCUUUGCCAGGAAGUUGCCAGACAGUUUUAAUGAAGCCAAGUUCAUCACCUUCAGUAUGGUGAUCUUUUGCAGUGUUUGGCUGCCUUUUGUUCCAACCUACCUCAGUACCAAAGGGAAGUAUGUGGUAGCCGUGGAGAUCUUCUCCAUCCUGGCCUCCAGUGCUGGGUUACUAGGCUGCAUCUUUUUCCCCAAGUGCUAUAUUAUUCUGCUGAAGCCAGAGUUCAACAAGAAGGAACACCUAAUUAGUAGAAAGAAUACAAAAUAA